AUCUCAACACUGUACUCAAAGCUAAAGACAUUAAGUCUAAUUUUGAAACUAUAGAAAUUGCAAAGUUUGUGCAAAAAGAAAAUGUUUUGGUUACUUUAUCUGAUGCAUUUUAUUAUAUGACCAAUGCUGAUCUUGAAACAGAACAAACAACUGAACACAAAACAGAUCACAUUGAUGUCUAA